AGGAUUUUUCCUUGGAGCUGAAGCCGGGUCAGAUGACGGCCCUGGUGGGUCCGUCUGGAGAAGGAAAAAGCACCUGUGUGAGUCUGCUGGAGCGAUUCUACGAGCCACGAGGAGAGAUCCUACUGGACAAUGCGCUGAAAUCCUACGACCACCAGUUCCUCCACAAGAAGGUCGCAGUGGUGAGCCAGGACCCAGUGCUCUUCUCUGGCACCAUUAGAGACAACAUCGCCUACGGGCUUCCUGACUGCUCAUUGGAUGAGAUCCAGGAAGCAGCACGCAAAGCCUACGCCCACGACUUCAUCAGGCAGCUGGAGAAAGGCUACGACACAGAGGUGGGUGAAGGAGGCGGCCAGUUGUCCAAGAGCGAGAAGCAGCAGAUCGCCAUCGCUCGAGCUCUGGUCAGACAACCACAGGUCCUCAUUCUGGACGAAAUAACCAGCUCUCUGGACACUGAGAGUGAAAAUAAGGUCCAGCAGGCCCUGGCUAGCUGUCCCAACCAGACGCUUCUGGUCAUCGCUCACAAGCUGAAGACCGUUGAGAAGGCAGAUCAGAUUGUUGUGAUUGGUGGUGGCAGAGUUGAGGAGAAAGGGACUCACCAGGAACUGAUGAACAUGAAGGGGAGCUACUACAAACUGGUGGAGAAGCUUUUCACUGAGGGAAACUCGGUGCAAUGAAAAACUACUGUCACUGUGUAAAUGCUGCAGUUUGAUGUGAGAUAAUUCUGUUUCAGUUCAACAGCAGCUAACCUGAUGAAGAUGUGUGAUAACAAGUUGGAAUUACUGUAAAUAUUUAAGUCAAAUUUUUUUGUGUAAAUAUUGAAAAAUAAUUCGCAUUUUUUAGACGUUUUCUGUACUUUAAAAAUGCACCUUUACAACUCUGUUAGUGUUACACAUCUAUUAUUUAUUUUGCAGACUGUUCUAAUCACAUCAGGCGUUGUAAAUGAAUCAAAUUACUUUUCUAAUGGAUAUAAAUCUGCUAUAACAUUUUCCAUUUCCUUGUAUUCUGUGAAUGUGAAAAGAUUUGACAU